AUGAAAUCAGUUUCUCUCAUAGCCAUUCUUCUCCUCUCAUUCUCUCUUGCACCUCAAACAGUAACAUCAUUCUCCUUAUUUCCGUUUCCCUUUCCCCUUCCGAUACCAUUUUCACUUCCAUUUUCGCUCCCUUCUAUCUUUGCUGGAAUAAUAGGUAGAGAUAAUAAUAGCGAGCUAGCUAGGAGGUGCUUCCCUGACCUCGGAGACGGUGAGGCAUGCAUAGCUGAGAUAGUCGGGUCAUUCUUCAACCGUCAAAUUACGAUAGGACCAGAAUGUUGCAAAGCCAUUGUUGAGAUCGAUGAAGACUGUACACAAGCCGUCUUUAAACAGUUCAGCGAUUCUUUAUUUACUAGUUCCGUCAAGCAGUUUUGCUCGUACAUCAAUAGUUGA